ACACCUUCAAGUACAAACAUCGUCAGACUCAGCUUCCUUGGAAAUUGAUCUUCAAUGUAUUGAUGAGAGGAGACUCUCAUACCAGACGUGUCAGUGGGAAAAUGAGCUGGAGCCAUCCUGUCAGGCUUCUGUUUAUGAUCAGUGUGACAUUACAGAUCAUCCAUUUGGGAAACAGCUAUCAAAGAGAGAAACAUAAAGCUGGUAGAGAAGAAAUCAACACCACAGCUCAGAAGCUCCAGCAGGAAAUAUUCACCUGGACUUGGAAUAAUUUUAGGGAGGUGAAUGGGAGCGUGGAGGGCUGGAGGUCGCAGGACUCCCUUCCCCACUUCCGGGCGACCCCCACAGGUGCGACCCCGCGCCCGCGCUGCUGCAAGAACGGCGGUACCUGCGUGCUGGGCAGUUUCUGCGUGUGCCCCGCUCACUUCACUGGCCGCUACUGCGAACAUGACCAGAGGCACAGCGAGUGCGGCGCCCUGGUGCACGGAGCCUGGACCUUCCGCGCCUGCCGGCUCUGCAGGUGCGUCUUCGCGGCGCUCUACUGCCUCCCACGCCAGACACCCGGCCGCUGCGACCUCAAAGACUUUCUCGCCUCACACUCGAAUGGACUAAGCUGUAAGUGUCUGCUGAGUUUUCUCACUCUCCUGCCCUGCUUCCUCCUGCAAUGCCUCCUCAAGGAAGGGGAGACUGUUGAUUGGCCUGCACGGAUUCCAGCAGCUGUGUUUGUGGGACAGAUUCUGAGGCUGCCAUUUGUGAAGGUGACCAAUGGCCUUGGCCUGGGCCACAGAGAGGCUGGAGCUUGA